UUGAGUUGCUUUCUCUUUUGUUUCUGGUAAAAGUGAGGCAGGCACUCACGUCUCACGCUCUGACCUGCCUGGGAACAGCCACCCUCCGGCACGGUCUGAGCAGAAGAGGAAACACCAGGCGCGGGAAGCUGUGCUGAACACAGGGGCUGCCACCACGCCUGAGAGGGGCACUCACUGGGUGCUGGGGGAUUGGGCAGCCAGGAAGGGCAGGGAAGCCCUGAAUCCGGAGUGGGACACCCCGGGUGGGCGAUGCUGGGGUGGCUGCUGGCGGCGCUGGUGGCACUGGCGGCGGGCGGCACCGUCACAGCCCAGAACUUCUCCUGCUGGAAGAAAUGCAACUCCCUCAACUCUUUCCACUGCUCCUGGUCACCCCUCGGCCCUGCCGGCAACACCUCCUACUCCCUGAACCUCUGCUGGCAGCACAAAGGGUGUAGCCAGUUUGAUGCACACAAGAUGACAAACUACAAACUGCCACAUCGCAAGCUGUACAUCUUAAACAACGCUGUGGCCUGGGUGGAGGCAAGCUGGGAGGGCCACUUCCACAGGACCCCCAAUAUCACAUUUGUCUUCAAUGAGGCCGAAAAGCCAGAUCCACCUCCCACACCGGUGCCCUUCUCCAAGACCGGCGGCCAGCUGAGGCUGCGGGUGCCACAGCCACAGUGCUCUGGCAUGGACCAGCCAGCAGAGCGGGAGGCUCGAUCCUGGAGGGCAGGAGACAGCAGCUGGACACAGGUAAAAAUGCUGUUUGCUGGAGCUGGGACAGUUGGGAGCACCGUGGCAGCCCGGGGAGUGUGGGGGCUCAGUGAUGUCACCGACCCCCCCCCCAAACCCAGCUGUGCCCCAUCUGUUUCGCUGCAUUAUCGGCUCUGCCUCAUCUUCUGGCCAUGGGAUCCUGCUGCUUCCCAUAACAGGAUCAGGCCGUGUAACAUACUGGUUUUACUAGGAGGGUGUCUUCAUUCCCAGUUUUCUCUACAGGUGGAAUGUACGACUGUGAUGGUGAAAGAUGAAGAUGACUCAGUGAACUGUACCCUGAAGGGGAAUGGCACCUUUGUAGUCCAGCUACGGCAAAAGACCUGGAGCAGCUACUGGAGUGACUGGAGCAGCAACAUCUCUGUUCCCGAGGAAAUCCUGGAGAGCCCAGUGCUGAGCCACCAACUGGAAAAACUAGGAAGAGAUGGGCAGCGGGUGCUGAGGCUGAGCUGGCAGGUACAGCAGCAUCCCUGGGGACCCUCCUGAGUGUCCCCGCCACCAUUUCAUCCCCCACUCCCUCCCCAGCCAGUCCUCAAGGGACAAAGGGAUGUCAACUACACACUGCAUGCCCACAUGCCGGCGUGUGGCUGUGCUGAGCUGGAUGAGGAGGAUGUCGUGGUGCUGGGGUGGGAGGUGAGGGAGCACAACCUCACCCUGUCUGGAGCUGAAUAUGAAAUCCUGCUGAGGGCCGUCAACGCCGCCGGGCCGGGGCCGGCGUCACAGCUCCACGUGCCGGCAGAGCAGCAUAGAGAUCUCAGCUUCAAGGAUGUCAGCGUGGCCGGUAGCACCGUGACGGCACGAUGGGAAGCACCAAUCCCGGGCGAGGCCUAUUGCUUCGAGCAGCAGGUCCUGGCAGAAGCCCCCCAACAGGGUGUCUGCAUCCAAGAGGAAUUCACUGCCAAGAGCAUCCACGUGGAGAAAGGAGCACUGGGAGCGCCGGCGUGUCACCGCCUCGCUGUGCACGGCUGGGACCCGGAGCAGGGCUGGGCCACCUUCGCCCUGUGGCACCACUAUGCCAACAACGAGUCGCUGGACGUGCCCAUCAAUAUCAGCAGCGGAGAUGCCGGCGUCGUCCUCCAGUGGAAACCGUCCCCCCGCGCCGCCUGUCCUGGGGUGCUGGCCAAGUACCUCAUCUGCCACGUGGCUGAGAGGGACAACAUGACCUACAGUGAAGCUGACGCCACAGCAGUGAACUACACCCUCCAAAACCUCCAGCCCGGCACAGCCUACAGGGUGGGUGUUCGGGAAGUGACAAAGGAGAGCGAGAGGACCUGCAGUGCUCGGCAGAAAUUCCAUACCAAGGCGUUAGGUCCCCAGGGAGCAGUGUGGAGAGCUAACCUGAAGUACCUGGGCAUCUCGCUCAGUGUCCCCGUCAUGGCUGCCAUCUACCACCUGACCAAAAAGAGGGCUCGCCGCCUCCUCUUCCCACCUCUUCCCAAGCCCGUGGGCACCAAUGCCAUCCAGUUCUCUGCCGGCGAGAAGGGCCAGGGCCAGCCCUGGACAGGCCUCCUGGAGCCCUCGGAGAGGUUCAACCCGGCUGAGCUGCUGCUGACGGAGCUGAAUCCCAGCAAGGAGACAACUGACACCAUCACAGAGACUGAUGUGUCACAGCCCAGCGUGCCACAGCCCAAUGUGUCACAGCCCAGCGUGCCACAGCCCAACGUGCCACAGUCCAAUGUGUCACAGCCCAGCGUGCCACAGUCCAAUGUGUCACAGCCCAAUGUGCCACAGCCCAGCGUGCCACAGCCCAAUGUGUCACAGCCCAAUGUGCCACAGCCCAGCGUGCCACAGCCCAAUGUGUCACAGUCCAAUGUGCCACAGUCCAAUGUGCCACAGCCCAGCCUUGUGACGGAAAAGCCAGCGGAGGUGCUGGUGGUGUGUCCACCAGGCUGUGAGGAGGAGAUGACCUUUGCCUACCGCAGGCAGGAGAUGCUGAGCCCAGUGGGAUUUCCACCACCUGGCAGCACCAGCUGCACUGGGCAUCCACCUGGCGAAGAGGAGGAGGAGGAAGAGGAGGGAAGGCAGGGGCUAUGCCAGCCACUGAUCCCCAUUGCCCUGCUCAUCUCCAACAAAUCCAUCAUCAUCAGGGACCAGGAAGGAUGGGAUCCAUCGCCGGAGAAGUCAGUGCCAUAGCCAUCACCAGGCUGGAGCAGCAGGGAUGGAUGGCAGGAACAGGGUGUCCAGUGGGGUGCUGAAUGUCUGUGUGGGAUGCUGGGUGUCCACCCCAUGGGAUCAUGGUCAAGCCAGCACUUUCAGGGGUUUUUCUGGUUUCCAGGACAAGGAAGGUGAUGUCUCUGGAUUCUGUGUUGCACCAUGCCAGGUUUUAGCCGCACACUUCCCAGCCUCAAUUUUUCACCAGGAAUAAAAACCAAGGGAUGGUGGCUCCAGAGUCUGCCCAGGGCUGAGGGUAUUUCCUCGGCUGGAUCAGGAGGAGAGGCAGAACUUCAUCCCUGCCAGCUGCCACCACUGGGACCAGCAUCCCCUCCAUGGGAUGGGGACGCAAAGCACCAAACACCA